CCCCCACCACUUCCGGAACCACGCUCUCUCUCUCCUUUCUCUCUGACUCUCUCUCUAUGUGCUCUUCCGUCUUCUUCCCUCGUCUGGCGUGGCCAGAAGGACCACCGCACCACAAAUUACAACUACCAUCUUCCCCACAUUCAACGUCCUCUCUCUCUCGCUCUCUCUCUCUCGCUCUGUGGUGAUCAAGUUGCAGAGAAUUCUUCCCUCGUAGGAAACGCAUUUAUGGCAAUUGAUUUGAUCACCACCGGCCCCAUCAGAUGGAAUGAAUGAUAAAGGCUUCUGUGUGCGUGUGUGACGGGAACUCGACCAUCCAUCCUCCCAACUUUCUACUGGUCCUCCCUCUCCCACAUAAUCCAAAGCCAUGGCUCUCUCACCACCUCUAAUUUUCGCUUCCUUAUCCCCUUGCUGCUUGCUCAUCAAGACCAACAUCGUUGGUCGGCUCGGAGUGAGUGGACAUGGCGGAGAAUCAGGUGGAGCGCCGGAAUUCCGGCAAUCAGCUGCUCGAAGAAAUCGAGGCCUUGAGCCAUUCUCUCUACCAGUCGCACACCGCCCGCAGAACGGCCUCCCUCUCUCUUCCCUCUUCUGCGGAGGUGCUCUCUGGCGCUGGACUCCGCGGCCAGGCUGAUGACGCCACACGCCGGAAGCGGUCAUCCACGUCGACGAUAUCGGGAUCGCCGGCGCCGGAGGUCUCAGAGGUCAGGGGCAGGACCCGCCGGAUGUCCCUGAGCCCAUGGAGGUCGCGGCCGAAGGCGGAUGAUCGUGAUGAGGAUCGACGCCGGCCUGACAUGGAAAACGAGCUGCCGGCCGUGGCGACAGCAGCGACUGCGGAUAGGAAGAAGGGUAUCUGGAACUGGAAGCCGAUGAGGGCGCUGUCGCACAUCGGGAUGCAGAAGUUGAGUGUGCUGUUCUCGGUGGAAGUGGUGGCGGUGCAGGGCGUACCGGCGUCGAUGAACGGACUGCGGUUGGCGGUCUGCGUACGGAAGCAGGAGACGAAGGACGGGGCCCUUCAGACGAUGCCGUCGAGGGUGAUGCAGGGAGCGGCCGACUUCGAGGAGACGCUCUUCCUUCGCUGCCACGUUUAUUUCUCCUCCUCCAAGCACAGCCCCGGCGUCUUCCGGUUCGAGCCGCGGCCGUUCCUUGUGAUCGUCGUCGCCGUCGACGCUGAGGAGCUCGACUUCGGCCGGAACAUUGUAGACCUCAGCAACCUCGUCCAGGAGUCCAUGGAGCGCAACGUCGAGGGCGCUAGAGUACGGCAGUGGGACGCCACGUUCAAGCUCUCCGGAAAGGCCAAGGGCGCUGAACUCGUUCUGAAGCUCGGCUUCCAGAUAAUGGAAAAGGAUGGAGGUAUCUUCAAGAUGGAGAAGGCUGGCGAUCCCUUCGUCAGGAAGCAGUCGAAGGCGUCCUUCAGCGUGCCGAGCUCCAAUGUCGGCUCGCCAAGGAUCACGGCGAUUGUCGAGUCGCCAAAGUCGGCGAGAUCGCAGGCCCUUCGGGCGGACCUGCAGAAGAUUGAGCAUCUCAACCUUGACGAUGAUGACGAUGACCAGCCCGCGCCCAUGGCGGCUAAAUCCCAUGAACCAGAAGACAAUGCAGGUGAUGAUCUUCCCGAAUUUGAAGUUGUCGAUAAGGGGGUUGAGAUCCAGAAGCCAGAGAAAGCAGAGUCGGAACCUGAAGUGGCGGAAUCCGAGGAGAACGAAGGUUCGGCUUCUAGCGAGGUCGUGAAGGAGGUUGUAGAGGAUAGGUUCCACAAGCGGAGAUUGACAGAGCUCGACGCCAUUGCUGAGCAGAUCAAAGCUCUCGAAUCCUUAAUUGGCGACGACAAGCGUGGCGCGAAGGAAGAUGAACUCGAUUUACAGAACCUUGACGCCGAGGAAGAAACUGUGACCAGGGAGUUUCUUCAGAUGCUGGAGGAAGAAGGAGAAGCAGAGCCGAAGUCCUCCGGAUUCCAAUUCUUGAAUGAUCCUUCUCUGAAAAUGGGGAGGAGGGAAGAAGAUGAUGGGGACAAGGUUGGCCUUGUCUUCCUGCCGGACCUGGGGAAGGGAUUGGGCUCCGUCGUCCAGACAAGGGACGGCGGCUUCCUUGCCGCUGCAAACCCACUCAAUGUGGCUAUCUCCCGAAAGGCUCAGCCGGAAUUGGCAAUUCAGGUCACUAAACCGAUAGUCUUCCCCGUCAAUACCGGCGGGUCCUCCGGUUUCGACAUAGUUCAGAAGUUGGCUGCUUUAGGAGCACAGGAGCUGAGCACCCGGCCGUUCUCGUUGAUGCCCAUCGAUGAUCUCUCGAGAAAGGCUCCCGAGCAGAUUGCGUUCGAAGGCAUUGCCUCCGCGGUCAUCGGUGGCCGAAACAAGGAGGUUGCAAGCAGCAGCGCGGCGAGGUCAGUAGCAAUCAUUAAGAAGAUAACGGCAGCCAUGAAUUCUGGGAGGAAGGAAAGAGUAGAGAGCGGAAUUUGGAAUGCAGAAGAGGAGCCAGUCACCAUAAAUAACUUAGUGGCAUCUGCACUGCAGAAGAUAGAGGCUGUAGCAGUGGAGGCCCUGAAGAUUCAGGCAGAUAUGGCAGAUGACGAACCCCCAUUCGACAUUUCUGCCAUUGUUGGGAAGCCUGAUCCUGCUGGUAAUAUCUUGACAAAUGCUGUGCAAGUGGAUCGAUGGGAGCAGAAUUGGUCGACAAAUGCAGUCUCGUUAGCGGCACUGGUGCAGCUCCGGGACCCAUCGAGGCAGCUCGAAGCUGUCGGAGCUCCGAUGUUGGUCAUUCUACAGGCAGUGCGCUUCAGCGGUUCGGAAAAGGAGCAGUAUGAAGAUGAGGAGGAAAUAAAAUUCAAGGCAACGAGUGUUCACGUGGCUGGUUUAAAAGUGAGGCAGGGCGGGAAGAGGAACUUGUGGGAUGGAGACCGGCAGCGGCUGACGGCAGCACAGUGGCUGGUGGCUCAUGGGUUGGGGAAGUCAGGGAAGAAGGAGAAGCAGCAAGGAAGAGUAGUCAAAGGGCCAGCGGACUUGAUCUGGAGCCUCUCGGCGCGUGCGGUCGCUGGUCUCUGGCUUAAGCCAACCAGGAAUCCUGAUAUCAAGUUCCCAAAACAAACAGUACCUGUGAGUUAAUUUUUUUUUUUUCGGCUGCGUUCAUGUCAUUAUGGAAUAUGGUAGUUGAUUCAUGUUGGUGUUGUGUGUAUCCUUGAUUUCUUGUUUGAUCCUAUAUUGUGUAUUCGUUUCAAUUUGAAAGUACAGUUUUUGUGCUUCUAUCUAUGUGAAUGAAGUGUGAUUAUGAUGUA